UUUGUUAUUUGCUUGUUAUUUCAUCGAUUAGUUGUAUUUUUUUAUUCUAAAACAUGAACAAAUUGUUGCAGCCGGUUUGUGAAACCAACCCAUUAGUUUUCUUUGAUAUUACAAUAGGAAAUGAGUUUGCUGGACGGAUGGUUAUUGAGCUCCGGAAAGAUGUAGUGCCUAAGUCAGCAGAGAAUAUCCGUGCGCUAUGCACUGGAGAAAAAGGCAACGGUAAAUUAGGCAAGCAGCUGCAUUACAAAGGAAUACGCUUCCAUAAAGUCACUCGAGUGUAUGUGGCGCAAAGUGGAGAUGUAGUCAACAACGACGGCACCAGCGGAGAGAGCAUCUAUGGGCCAAUUUUCGAGGAUGAAAACUUCACACUAUUGCAUGAAGAAGGUGCUAUUAGUAUGGCUAAUUAUGGUGAGCCAAACACAAACAACUCGCAGUUCUUCAUUGUCGCAGUGUCAUGCAAUAACCUUGAUGGUACAAAUGUGGUUGUCGGUAAAGUGUUGCGUGGUUUGGCUAUCAUCUCUGAUAUGGAGCUGGUUUCAAAUGAAGAUGGUGUACCGGAAGAGGAUAUAAUAAUUACAGACUGUGGAGAAAUACACCCCGGAGAAGAUUGGGGUUUUCUGGAUAAUGAUGAGACUGAUGAUAAACUACCGCCUUACCCCCGAGAUUGGGAUAAAAAAUUUACUCCGUAUACAGGCGACGAAAUGGUAGCCUUGCUAACUGGUAUACGUAGUGCAGGUAAUCAUUUUUUUACUCAACAACGGUAUUAUGAAGCGCGUCGAAAGUAUCGAAAAGCAAAUCGCUAUUACAAUAUACUGCGUACACGCUUUGAGAAAGAGGAGUUCGAGUACCUUAUCGGCACUAUUGAAGAUCUAAAGAAAAUAGAUGCUUUUUCAGUUAUUAAUCAAAUUAAUUUAGCAGCUGUUGAACUAAAGUUGGAAAAAUAUGAUAACGCAAGAACGGCAUGCAACGAGGCUUUAAGUUUUGAUGAAGGGUGUUGCAAGGCUUAUUAUCGCCGUGGUCAAGCAAGCAUAGCUCUAAAAGAUUAUGAAAAUGCCAUUGCUGAUUUAAAUCGAGCGAAUGAAAUAAUGUCAGGGAAUAAAAGUGUGCUGAGCGAAUUAAGCCGAGCUAAAAAAUUACUUGCAAACUACAACCGCACACAAAAGGAAGCGAUGAAAAAUCUCUUUAAAUAACCGAUAGGACCUCAACAACAAAUUCGGUUAGAAUGAUAUUUAGUAAUUAAUAAGUUUAAUAUAAUCCUUAAAUGUUUACAUAUACAAAAUAUUUUUAAUAUGAAUUUGUACAAAUUUGCUGUUAAAAAAUAAUAUUUGCAUCAAUUUUAUUUGCAUAUGUACAUAAGCAAGUCCCGAACGUCUUCUGCAUUUAUGUACAUUUUCAAAGCAAUUUUGUACUUUAAAUAUAGGAAGUGGUGCUAUUAAAAAAAAAUAAAAAAAAUUGAGAUUUUCGUUUAUGGGUGAGCAAAGUCGGUGGAGAAACAAAGGUGAUUUUAACUUUGAAAAUAGUUCUUCUCUCUAAGAACAGAGCUGCUACAUUUUUUUUUUAUUUGGCUAAUAGCAUAUACGAAUAUUAUGGUGGGAAAGUACAAACCGUCAGAAAUUUAUUUCGAAGUUUUCAACGUAACAAAAGUAAUUAGAGCAGUAGCUUCAAAACACAGCGAACAAAAUU